GUCCCGCUCACUCUCUCGCUCGAACCAGUCCAAGCACACGCACACCUGCACACCAUGGCCGACUCGACCUACAAGUUCAACGUCAAGAUGACCUGCGGCGGGUGCUCGGGCGCCAUCGAGCGCGUCCUCAAGAAGACCGAGGGCGUCUCGUCGUACGACGUCUCGCUCGACACGCAGCAGGUCAUCGUCAAGACGACCGUCCCGUACGACGACAUCCUCGCCAAGAUCAAGAAGACGGGCAAGGAGGUCAUCAGCGGCGAGGUCGUCGUCGCAUAGCGCGCGCUCGGAGGACGGCGGGAGCGAGCGAGGGGCCUACGCAGCGCUGGACGCUGUCGAGCAUCGCAACGACGUCUUGUCUCACGAG